GGCAGGCGCCCCUGGGGCGCCGCCCCCGCCGAUGGGCAUGCCCGGCGAGCUGCGCCGCGGGUCAGCAGGUGGCGCCGGCGCGCCCCCGGGGCACAACUACCCGGACGCGUCGUCGUCGCAGGGCCCGGCUGGCAUCGGCGGGCAGCCCGGCAACUCGCCUUGGGUGAUGCCAGGCGCCAUGCCCUCGGCGCAGGCCCUGCAGGGCGCCAUGGGCGCCUCGGGCGGCGGGCGCAACAAGGGCAAGGACAGCGGGGCCACCAAGAAGAGCGAGGGCACCACGGAGCAGAAGGGGCGUGUGCCCCUCAGCGGAGGCGGCCCGAAGCGCACGGACUACAUCAAGAAGUACGGUGGCGGCGAGGGAGCCGAGUGCAGCGACGAGCAGCCCAAGGAGGGCAAGGUGCCGAUCACGACAAUGAUGCUCAAGAACAUCCCCUGCCGAAAGAGCCAGGAGGAGGUUGCCAUGCACAUCGACCAGAAGGGCUUCUCCGGGAGGUACGACUUCUUCUACCUGCCCCGCGACGUGAAGUUCCGCGCGAACUUGGGAUAUGCGUUCAUCAACUUCCUCACGCCCGAGGAUGCUUCUCAGUUCGAGCAGGAGAUGAACGGCUACCGCUUCAACGGUUCAGGUUCGACGAAGGCGUGCGCCAUCGUGCCUGCCCACGUCCAGGGACUUGUCAACAAUCUGGCCGCCUUCAAGCGCACAGAGGUCAUGCGCAGCAGCCGCAAGCCGUACUUUGCCGGCGAAGGCAAAGAGUAGAAGGCGCCGCGGCGCGGGCCGCGCCCGCGCCCCCGCGCCGCCCCCGUGCACCCCCCCCCGCGCGGCCUGCCAUUGCCCUGAUUUUCCCGCUCGGCCUGCACUUUCCCUGCCCGGUCACUGCUUGCGGUCGCGGAGGGCUGG